AAUUUGGACUUUAAAGUUGUAAACUUUUUUUUUUUGCACCCUCAGAUUCCAGAUUUUCAAAUAGUUUUGUCUCAGCCAAAUAUGGUCCUAUCCCAACAAACCAAACAUCCAGCUUUUUCAGCUUUCAGAUGAUGUAUAAAUCUCAGUUUCAAAAAACUGACCCUUAUGACUGCUUUUCUGGUCCAGGGUCACCUAUUAUACAUUAAUAGUGGUCUCCAAUGUCCUGUUGGAUACAAUUUAGUUUGUCAAACUGUGAACUCCUCAAAACUGAGGUUCUCCAAAGAACUGUCCAAACCCUCAGUUCCGGGCAGUACUUCCACAACAGGAUUGUGUUGACAGUCUAGAUGAGAGUUUAGUGUAUUGCAAUCAAAUAAUUAUUUCAGAUUAAAUCAAAUAAAUUGCAUUAAAUUUGGCUGUGUGGAUGCAUUGUUCAUAGUUUCUUUUUCGUUUAGGCUCAGAAUUGUAAUUGAACUAAGAGAGCUUCUCUGUAGGUUUUUGGGAAAAUCUGUUUUUGGCAAAGUUUUAUGGCCGAGUGUGAUGCAUUUAACUUUUAUAUCCCCUCUGUUUUCUCUUUCUCUUUAUUUCACCCACUUAUUCUCCUACUCAUAACUGUUACUGGCAGGUUAUGAAUGCAGUUUAACAGCUACCCACAAACCAAUUAUAUCCAUCAAAAAAGCAAACAGUAUGGAAGAAUCAAUAGAGCUUGUCAGUGGAACUUGUUGCUAGUGCUGUGUGUGUGUGUUGUAGAAGAAGAGGUUUUUCUGUGUUAAAAAAUACUGUUCAUGCAUUGCUUACAAAUUUGUUUCCAAAUACACAUGUGUUUCUUGCACAGUGUUUCUAGCGCUUUUUUCUUAGCGAUUUUCUCAGUAUUUAAAUAAUUAAUUAAUUUAUUUUUUUAUUAUAAAUAACCUUCAGAUUCUGACUAGUUCUAUGGGCCAGGGUCACAUAAUAUAUAAUAUAAUAUAAUAUCACACAGCCUUGCUAUGAAAGCUUGUUCCCACAGCUGAAUAAAAAUAUAAAAAGGUAUUUGUGACUUUAUCUCAGUUAAGACUGUCUUCUGUUUUUCAUUUUGAGUUGAUAUCCCACAAUUCAGUUUUUUUUUCCUUCACACAAAGUCCAAUUUGCAAGAUUUAAACUCUCAAAUUAAAAAAAUAAAAUGUCAGAAUUGCAAAAUGUUUUUUGCAACUGCAAGAAAAAGUCAGAAUUGUUAGAUAAAGUCUGAAUUGCCUUUUUUAUUUUUUCUUCUGUGGAGAAAGGCAGGGAAGGCAGAAUUUAUACAUGGAUUUUUUUUUUUCUUCUCAGAAUUACAAGAAAGAAAAGUCUAAAUUGUGAGGUAAAAAGUUGCAAUUACCUUUUCUUAAUUUUAUCCCUUGGUAGAAACGGACUUGGUGAGAAAAUGAGUGUAACUCAGAAAUAACAAAGACAGAGCUUUACAUUGUGCUGUUUUUACUGGUUGCAUUAAAAACAAACGUGUGUUAAUAGUUUGAUUCAUGAACAAAUUAAAUCUUUUAAGGAAUCGCUUAAAAUGAUUCACAGGAUAUCGGUUUUAGUAUUAUUAUUUCCUGAAACCAUUAAGAGUGGGGACUAAACUAAAAUUUUACUCACUUACCAACUUGAUGUUUGUGCUUUACAGUAUGUUACAUUACAAAAUAUUACUAUGAUGUCAGAAACAUUGCAGAAAACACUGAAAUAUGCACUCAUUGGCACACCAUGUGUACUGUUUGCAGACAUACUGAUUUAUGUUUCUCAGUGUGUGACUAAUUUGGUUUACAUCCAGGUUGCAAAUAUUUCCCCUAUCAGCUCAUUAAGAGAGAAAUGUAGAUGUGCCACCUCUUCAGCAUCGGUGGACACGCUCAGUUCUCUGUAAUGAACUCAUCUUUCCUGCAGGCGUUAGACACAGACACACAGGGCUUUGAUCCUGUCUUCACGGUUAAUGAAUUAAUGCAUAACACAAGGUAUUGAGCCUCAGGAGUUCAACAGGAUGUGGACUUGACUUUAAACUUCCCUGCUCUGAAACCGGUUGAGGGGAAUGUUUUAAAGUUGAUGGACGUGUAUCACUGCAGAAAAAUGCUCCUAAUGAGCUGCCAUGUGAUAAAGACUGAGAAAUUUUAAAUAUUGAAGGCAGUGGAAUAAUUGACAUGUGGGGGACUUCAGAAAUGAGGAGGCAAAGUCUAAGUUGGUUACCAGUAUUACCUAUUUUAUUUUAUUUUAGUUUCUGUGCUGUCAGUUGCAUUCUCAUCUGAAUUUGAGUCCUUCUUGCCUUUUAAGAGAAAUUGCUCCUUGUAGACUAGAACAAUGAUGUCAUCGCUGAAUGCAAAUGUAUUGUUGACAGAAAUAUGUGUUGCUUUCACAGCCUGGGGAUGUUUUUGUGCAGACUGUAUGCGAGAGUGUAUGUAUGUGGUGUUUCUGCAUGACUGUUUUUUCCUUAGACAGACAUUAUAGCAUAAUGUCUGCAUCGCAGUUUCCUGCUGCCUAUACAGUAUGUGUGGAGUCUUUGUGAUGUGACUCGUGUCGUAUGUUCCUUCCUGUCUAACAGAUAGCUUUAUUUGGACUCAUGAGUUUAUUCUACAAGCCUACUGUAUAUGAGUGUGUGUUUACACCCAUGUGUGCUUCCUGUGUCGAUUUAUGUCCCUUCACCUAUUGCUCCAAACAUCCUGCAGUAACUGGAGUGUAUUUAGCUAAAAUACAAUUACAAGCAUUUUGGAACGGUAUAUUUGUUAAAUAUAUAUACACUGUCAUUUGAAAGUUUGAGGUUAGUUACAUAUUUUUAAUAAAAAUGUAUACUUUGAUACAGCAACAAUUCUUUGAAUUGAAAAAAAUAAAAUAAAAUAAAAUUACAUUAAAGGCACAACAAUUUAUAUAUCACAAUUUUAUAUAUAUAUAUAUAUAUAUAUAUAUAUAUAUAUAUUUAUUACUGGUUUUUUACUUUUUUUAUGUGUUUUACUGUUUAGGGCACAAGUGAUUUCUGUGUUGCACCAGACAAAUUUCUGAUGAACCAAACAAAAGACGUAAUCAGCUCUGAUAUUGUGCAUUAUUACUUAUACUGCAGCCAGACGCUUCCCAACCCAUUUCAACAGUUUGUUUUGCAGUCCCUGACUGUCUUCCAGAGAUCGCUGACCACCAUGCAGAUCCAGAUCCAAGGUCUCCUGCAGUUUGCUGUGCCUCUGUUCCCCACAGCUGAGAGGGAUUUAUUGAGUAUUCAGCAUUUAUUGAAUAAUUCAGAGGCCAGUUUGCAUCAGCUCACUGCACUUCUAGACUGCCGAGGACUCAAUAAGGACUACCUGGAUGCUCUGAUAGGUGUGUGUUACGAUGGUGUGGAGGGGUUGCUGUAUCUCUGUCUGUUUUCUCUGCUGGCGGCCUGUGCCUUCUCAGUCAUGCUGUGCGCCAUCCCGAGAGCAUGGCGACAGAUUGCCAACAGAGAUAGAGAUUACGAUGACAUUGAUGACGGAGACCCGUUUAACCCUCAGAGCCGGCGAAUGACGUCCCAUCAUUCGCAUCAGGGCAACAUGCACAGCUUCUGCAGCUACAGUAGCAGCAUGGGCAGUCAAACCAGCCUGCACCCUCCAACACAGGCUGUGACCAACGCACCCGUUUCAGAAUAUAUGAACCAGUCUGCUCUGUUUGGAGGAAAUCCACGCUAUGAGAACGUGCCUCUGAUCGGGAGGGGAUCUCCUCCUCCUUCGCUUUACUCUCAGCCAUAUAGAAACCGCUACUCUCCAACCAUGAGAGCCACCUACCUCUCCAUGACCGAAGACCAGAUCAGACACUUUGGGGAGGAUUUCCGAGCAUAGAGCUGAUCUGUUGUCCUCUGGUGUGAGUCUUCACACGCUGGAAAUAUGGACAUAUGGAAAACUCUCACGCCAGCAUGUGUGCGCGCCCUUCUUUGUGAUAAAUGAGCACAUUCGAAAGGAAAACGCCAUUUUAAGAGCACUCUGUGUGUACGGGUGCUUGCAUGUCUGUGUGUUUGCUGGUUAUUCUGACGGUGCGAUGCUUCUUUUCCCUCACUACUGACACAUUUGUGAGGUGCUGAAAUAUCCUCUCUCUAAUAAUCUGUUUUAUUUGUACGUUUACACCGUAUUUUCCAUCAAAUAGACUGUUGGUCUUCCCUUUUGCCUUUUCAACUGCAAAAACUAUUUUGGACCCAAUAUUAAGUGUCUUUAACUACUGUGUACUAACAUUUUAAUAAUUUGAUGCAAUGCACUUAUGGUGUAUUGUAUUUAUUUGAUCUAAAAAAAAAAAAAAAAAAAGAAAAAACAUAAUAUUGCUAUUACAAUAUAAAAUAGUGGUUUCUGUUUUAAUAUACUUUAAAAUAUAAUUUAUUCCUGUGAUGCAAAGCUGAAUUUUUAUCAGCCAUUACUUCAGUCUUAAGUGUCACAUGAUCCUUCAGAAAUCAUUUUAAUAUCAAACUAUGUUGCACAAUUUUUUUUUUUUUUGUUUUUCUGGAACCUGUGAUAGUUUUAUUCUUUGAAAACAGCAUUUAUUCAAAAUAUAAAUAUUUUCUAACAAUGUAUGUAUCUGCUAUUAUGUUUUAUCAAUUUAACACAUCCUUGCUGAAUAAAAAUAUACAUUUUCUUAAAAAAAAGAAAGAAUAAAAAUGUACCGACCCCAAACUUUUGAACAAUAGUAUAUAUUGUUAGAAAAAAAUAUAUUUUAAAUAAAUGCUGUUCUUUGUAACCUUUUUUACAUCAAAGAAUCCUAAAAAAAAAAAUCACUAUUACAUUUUUUUUUGUAUUUUUGAUCAAAUAAAUGCAGCCUUGAUGAGCGUAAGAAACUUCUUUAGAAAACAUUAAAAACCUUUGAACACUUUUUGAGCAGUAAAUAUAUAGUUUCUGCAUUUUUUUUUUUUUUUUUUUACAAUUUCUAUAUGAUUUAGUAAUUUUAGUACUUAGUACUUAAAAUACAUUUUUGUAUGUAAUGUAAUUUCAUUUCAGCUUUAAUUCAAUUACUACAAAUAUUUUUAAAUUAACUUUAGUUAACCGUAACACUGACAAAUUAAUUUUUCCGCAAGUGCAUUUUAGUUAAAGACAACUAAUAUAAAUAUAGAAGGGACCACUAUUUUUUAGACAGAAAUUGAGCAUUUUUUCUUACUGGAGUACAUGACCUUAUUAAGGUUACCCAUUUGUCAAAGAUUGUGUACAUAUAAGUGUGGACACUGGUUGAAGUAUUAAUAUUCUGUCCAUUGGACAUUUAGUCCUACAUAGUGUACAGCAUUGCUAGUAUCAGCAUAGUAGGUUUGCUAGGUACUUUUCUAAGCAGUUGCUCAUGAAAAGUUGUCUUUAACGUUUUUAGCUACUGUGCAGUGUGGACUUCAUGGACAUGUCAUCACUUUUUAUGAUGGCUAAUUGUACAGAUACUAAUGCGUCGUCUUAUUUUGAAGUGAAGCCUCUUUUUUGUGUUUUGUGCCAAGAAUGGAAGCAUGUUUUGUGCCUCUAAAGCCUUUGUUUUCUUUCCUUUUCAUUGCUUUAUUUAGUGAUCAACCACUGUGUGUAUCUAUGGGAGAGGGGAAUAAAAUCUUUUCUGUUUGUUUCAUGCAUGUAGAGGCAUUUUAAGCACAACGUGAUCACUUUAAAGUGACUGGACAAACAUUAUUUUUGGAUUAUACUUGGAACUUAAAAUUCCAUUUCUUCUCAUAUCAGCUGUAGAGAGCACACUGAGCCAAUUUCUUACCAUGGUGCAAAUGCAUAUGCUUUGUAUUAACCUGUUGAGCAGCUGUAAAUAACCUGUAUGAUAACUGAUGUUGUGAUUAUUUGUAUUUCUUUCUUUGCUCCAUUCUUGUGUGCCAUUUUCAGUAUAUUGUUUGAUAAAAUCAAAUACUUGGACA